CUCUUCCUGGGCGGGGUCCGGGCUCCGCUCCGCGCCGGUCCCGCCCUACGCACGGCGGCCCAGCCGGCUCCACAUGAGGUGGCUCCUGGGGAAGCGGCUCCUGGGGAAGCGAGCGAUCUUCACGCCGCGGGCGGGCCGGAGGCCUCGCCGGCAGGGGCCGCCACUCGGUCCGAAAACUCUUCUGGGAGCGAUCGAGUGUACCACUAGAGCGCCCGCCCGCGGGGCCUCUCCGGCCGGUGGCGCGCGCCCCUCUCGGUGGGCGGGCCCGCGGCCCCGGGUACGCGCGGUAAGGCUGGGCAGGCGCCGCCAUGAUGAACAGCGGCGGCAUCGGCGUCCCGUUGGGCUUCCCCCUGGGCCCCACGUCCGUCAUCCAGGUCACCAACCUCUCUUCGGCCGUGACCAGCGAGCAGAUGCGGACGCUCUUCGGCUUCCUGGGAGAUAUCGAGGAGCUGCGUCUCUAUCCCCCGGACAACGCACCUCUUGCUUUUUCCUCCAAAGUAUGUUAUAUUAAGUUUCGUGAAGCAUCGAGUGUUGGUGUGGCCCAGCAUCUAACUAACACGGUUUUUAUUGACAGAGCUUUGAUAGUUGUGCCCUGCGCAGAAGGUAAAAUCCCAGAUGAAGCCAAAGCCCUGUCUCUAUUGGCGCCUGCUCCUACUAUGACAAGUCUGAUGCCUGGUGCAGGGUUGCUUCCUAUACCUACACCAACUCCCUUGACUACACUUGGUGUUUCACUUGGUACUUUAGGGGCUAUACCAGCAGCAGCAUUGGAUCCUAACAUUACGGCACUGGGAGAAAUACCACAACCACCAAUUAUGGGAAAUGUGGAUCCGUCCAAAAUUGAUGAAAUCAGGAGAACAGUCUAUGUUGGAAAUUUGAAUUCCCAGACUACAACAGCAGAUCAGCUGCUUGAAUUCUUUAAGCAAGUUGGAGAAGUCAAAUUUGUGCGAAUGGCAGGUGAUGAGACACAACCAACACGGUUUGCUUUUGUGGAAUUUGCAGACCAAAAUUCUGUACCUCGAGCUCUUGCCUUUAAUGGAGUUAUGUUUGGAGACCGGCCACUGAAGAUAAAUCACUCCAAUAAUGCAAUAGUGAAGCCUCCUGAAAUGACACCACAAGCUGCUGCCAAGGAGCUAGAAGAAGUGAUGAAGAGAGUAAGGGAAGCUCAGUCUUUUAUAUCUGCUGCUAUUGAACCAGAGUCUGGAAAGAGCAGUGAAAGAAAAGGCGGUCGAUCUCGUUCCCAUUCUCGUUCAGAAUCCAGGUCUAGCUCAAAAUCCCGAUCUAGAAGGAAAAGAUCACACUCAAAACACAGAAGUAGAUCUGGCAACAGAUCUCUCUCAAGACACAAGGACAGACGCAGAUCCCGAAGUCCUCUGAAAAAACGGUCUAGAUCUACGGAAAGACGGAAAUCAAGAAGUCGCUCUCGUUCUCGCGAGUUCUGUUCCACAACAUGGGACAAGAAAAGAGACAAAGAAAAGAUCAAAGAAAAAGAAAAGACCAAAGAAAAAGAGAAAGACAGAGACCGAGACAAGGAGAAGGAUAGGGAUAGAGACAAAGAUAGGGAAAGAGAGCGAGAUAAAGAGAGAAACAGGGAGAAGGACAAGGAAAGAGAUAAAGAGCGAAGCAAAGAUAGAGAGAGAGCCCGAGACAAAGACAGGGAAAGGGACAAGGAUAAAGAUAGGGACAAGGAAAAGGAAAAAGAUAAAGAUAAGGAAAAAGACAAGGAAGAGGUAGAUCAUAACAAAGAAAAAGAAGAUACUGAGAAAGAAGGAGAGAAGGACAGAGAGAAGAUUAAGGACAAGGAGGGAGAUAAGGACAAAGGAGGGGAUAAAGAAAAGGACAAAGACAAAGAAAAGGAAAAAGAUGGGGAUAAGGAGAAGGAGCGAGAAAAAGAGAGAGAUGAUAAAAAGAAGAAAGAUAAGAGAUCCAGAACACCCCCAAGAAGCUAUAGCUCUUCAAGAAGAUCUCGUAGCUCCAGCAGAGAAAGGCGUAAAAGGAAGAGCAGAAGUCCCUCCAAAUCUCCUAAAACAUCAAAAACAGCAAAAAGAAAGUCUUCACGAACUCCUUCUCCAAGAAGAAACAAGAAAGAAAAAAAAAGAGAAAGAGAUACAAAUAAUGAAAGAAGAGAAAGAGAACGCUCCACUUCCAAGAAAAAAAGUAGUAAAGAAAAAGAGGGAAAGGAGAAAUCUGACAAAAGCACCACUACUUUGAAGGACAAAGAUAAUAAAGAAGAUCAGAAUUCAGAAACUGACAAGGAAGUAGACAAUAGAGAUACACAAAGGACAGAUGAAGUCAAGCUACAACAGAAUGGAAAUUGUCAACCAAAUGAGGAAAAUCUCUCAAUUAAAAUGGAAGAGGUUUAAAGCAAAGAGUGGACUUCUAAUUCAACUAAGGAAUGAUAUCCAAAGCAUUUUAUUUCCCAGAAUGAGGAAGAAAAUGUCAAAGCAAUCAACUUGAACGUGUUGAUAGUACUAGUAGCUCCUUCAGUUCAUGUGAUAGCUUUGUUGUCUUCUUGCUGUAAAGCAAGAGAGCACAGACCAGUAGUUAAUACCAUGAAAAGGCAGAUGCCAUCAGAACUAUUCAUCUCUGAAAAUCCAUGCAUUUCCAUGAUGGCUGUACUUGUAAAAUGAUUUAUGUUAAGUUUUGCUAUAAGCUGUUACAAAUAACUAGAAACUGAAAGAUGUAAACCUGUACUUCCCAAAAAAAAAGCUGAAGAUAUGCAUUGAAGGUUGUUUAAAAUACUGCUUGUUAAUGACUUUUGUAUUGUUUUGCCCUGUAGGUUAAAAAAUCCACAAAAACUUUAAUGUGUGCUGUUUGAUGUGCUUGAAAAUGGUGCAUAAAUAUACCUGCUUCCUUUCCUUGUAAAUGACAACUGUAGGGAAAGGGGGUUUAAGCAUAAACAUGGUUUUACUGUUCUUAUGUUAAAUACUCAGAGAUUAGUAUGUUUUUGAUUUGCUCACUGCUUGAGAUUCUUAGGGUUUAUUAUUUAAAAUAAUUUCUUACUAAUAUCCCUGAAAUUAAUAUUUCUUUAAAGUAUUUGAACAAUGCAUGUGCUUUUUCUGUUCCUAGAAGGAACAUUGCCAUUUUAUAGAUAUUAGGUUAGCUUACAGGGUUACUUUGGGGUUGUUUUGUUUUGUUGUUUUCUUUGUCCGUAGAGAAGUGAGCACAUCUCUAUGAUGAUACCAGAACGUACAGCUUUGUUUUGCAAUGUACUGCAGUGUGUCUGUUCAGCUGAAAAUAGUACAGGUGCCAUUAAGAAAACAAAUUUUUCCUUUUUGUUGAAAAAAUAUGGGAGCACAAGCAGAAGCUUUAGUGCCUUCUUAAAAUGUGGUAUUUUCUAGAAAUGUAUAUGUGCUGUUACACAUUUUUAGCUAAAUCUUAUAUCAUCUCUCUUGCUACUUUGCCACCACCAUACUGUAGACAAAAAUGCAAGUGACUUGCCAGAAUGGUUGUUUGAUUCACUUGUUAAAAUAGUGAAGCUCCAUUUUACUUUUAUUUUUUAUUCUUAGAAGAGAUUUAUAAAUAAGAGAAAAGAUGUAAUUUGGGGACCACCACUGUACAAAAGUAGCUGAAUACAAAGUGUGCUCUGAUCACCUGCAUCAAAGAAAGCUCUUAAGAAAUAUAAUAUACAUUUGGAUGGCCUUAAUUGUUACCUCUCUGUUAUUUUCUCUGAUACCUGUUGGGCAAUGUAAAAGGAAUGGCGUGCAAAGAAAUGGGGGAUAAAUAAUUUGAGGAAGAAGGUUCUAAUUUAUGCAGGGCUUACAUAGUAGAGAUUCUUUUAUCAUUUUUUGUGGAGAAAGCAUGCAAGAAAAUCACAAAACACGUGGUUUUGUCUUGGCAAAAUAUAGCUUUUGUUUUUUGAAGUAAUUUAAUUGGUUAUAUGAGAUUUCUGAUAAGUUAUGCUUUUAAGACAUAAUUAUAGCUAAAAUGGCAUAGAUUAUUUUUACUUCAACUUAAUGCAAUCAAAUUAUUAAUUGCUUUACUUCAUGGGAAGUGUUAUUUUUUUCAGUUAAAAUAAAAAACUAAGUGUAUUGGCUAUUUGCUUUCUACUUGUUUCACUUUUUCUCCACAUAGUUAGUUUUUGCAGUGGAAGGGAAGCAUAUUACGGGAAUGAAAACUUUGCCCAACUCCUAAGGUAAUGAAAUCCAGUUUGAUUGUGAAGCUGCUUAAUCACUCAUUUUCUGUAAGAUUUAAUGUUCUUGCCACUGUGUACAUUUAAGACAACAGAAAAUGCUUUACCAUGUAAAGUAUAGAACAGCCAUUUUUGUGAUGUUUAAGCCACAUGCUGUUGGCUGGUAAACAGCUAAUUCUGAUAAAAGAAUAAAAAAUUGUAUGCUUACAGGAAGACUGUGAAAGAUUGUGUCUUGCAACAACAGCUGUCUUAUUUAUGAUGUGUAAGUAGCAUAGAGCAAAGAGAUUGUUUGUAUACUUGUUAUCUUUGGUACCAUUUCACUAAUAAAGUAAGUAUUUUAGAGGGAUGUUUCUGCUGGUACAUACUUAUUAAAGGAAUAUUUUUAGACCAUCUGGAUUUACUCAUAGAGCUUCUUUCAUUUUAAAUGUGGAUAUUAGUGAAAACAUAUAUGUAUUAGUUAUAUUUUCUUUGAAAAGCUAAAUUUCUCUGUUGGGAUGAAUUAGAAUUCUUUCAGUGUAUCAUGUUUUAGCUGGUAUUAGUUUGGUUUCUUCAGUUUUGUUAUCCUGAAAUAGCAUAGUUCUAUGAUGUGUCAGUUAUAAAAUGUGUAAAGGAUUGUGUAUGCUUAGCUGAGAAACAUGCCUUUGGAAGUCAAUAGUUAUGGAAACAUGCCUUUGGAAAUUAAUAGUUAUGGAUGGCAGCCUUAACUUACUAAGUAGCUUACCACCUGUGUGAGGCUAUAUGCAGCACAUUGUUAUUUGUGUAUUAAUUAUGGUUUCCUUACAAAAAGUAUCUUGGGGAUUUUAAUGUUUUUGUUCAGCUGGUUUUGUUGGUUGGUUUUUUGUUGAGGAAAAAAAACAACCAAAGCAACCAGCCACCAAACACGCAUUUCUUCCCCUCCUCAAGUCAUACUUUCUUGCAAAUACUUUGCAAGAUACUUUUUAUUUUCUGGUUUUGUUUUGUAAAUACUCUGCAGAUCUGUGAGGUAGUUCAUCUGUCCAUAAUCUGUCCAUCUUACCAGGUGUUCCUAAAAUGCCACCCCGGAGAACUAUUAGUCUAUAAAAUGCUUAUCUCUGUGGAGGGUAGCUCACUUACAAACUGAUAGCAUAGCACAUUAAUAAAGUUCCAGCCUGCUCCUACAGGACUGAGUGCAUCAUCCACUGAUUGUGUCUGUCUUCCGUGGGAAGUCCAUUGCAUUUAUCAUUUUAACAAGCUUAUGUGCUGAGCUGCUGUGUCAGAUCAUCUGGUUUUGCACUUUGUAAAUGGGAUUAACUUGGGUAGAGGUUUUGAGAAGUGUGGUUCAUGGUAGCUGUAUUGUUUUACAUGUAGUUUAAUCUGAAUCAGCACUUACUUGAAAAUGUGAAUUGCUCAGAAGAGUAAGUAAUUAUAUACUGCCAUUUUGCUAAGAUCACAUAAAGCACAUAAUCAUAAAUAUGCAUUAGUGCCCAUAGCUAUUUCCCAAGAGGGUUCUGGAUUGCAUUCUGAAAAAAGAAGGUAGCAGAAGAGAAUUUGGUGGAUCAAACAGGAUGUCAAGCUCAAAAUAGAGGUGGCUGUGGUUUAGAUGAUUUCAUCAAAGUCAAUGGAUUUGCAGAGUUAUGAGGCAUAGAAUUUUGUUUGCAAACUCCAAUAGUAGUAUGAUAUGUAAAGGAUUCUUAGUUUUCAUAUGUAGAUAUUGGGGAUAAGGGGUUAUAAAAGCACUUGGUUAGAAACUAGAAGUAUCUGAAGAAUACUUGGGAAAUGGGUGAGAUGUGGGUUUUGACUAUUAGGUAAUCACCUGCUAAUUUUUUUAUGGGAGUUUCAGAUAGAUACAUCUGAACUAGCCUUAUGUUAGCUGGCUGACAGCAGCCUAUGCACACCUUGGAUUCUGAAAUGAGCUGUGGACACUUCAGUGCCAUUUAUGCUCCUAGAACGAAGUUAAAUUCAUAGUCUGUAGCAUGCUUUGCAUUGCGUGCUAGUGUUCACUGGCCCAGUUACAUUUUAAGGAAAUAACCUGAAAUUAUGUUGAAACUCUUCAGAUGCGUUACAUUCAUACAAAAAGAGCUUCUCUCUUUUGCCCUUAGCUUGUAGUGCUAUCUUGUAAUAGUUACUAGUUUAGGGAAGUAAGUAAUUUUUUUGUUGUUGUUCUGAGGAAAAGAUAAUAAAAAGUCCUGCUAUGUGUGUUAUAAAUUAUUGUAUAUGUGUUGCCAGUUCUUAUUUCGUUAUUUUUCAUUGAUGAGUGUGACCCUUGCAAACAGUAAUGCUAUAAUGGUAUGCAUAUUGCCUACUUCUAGGUCUGAAGCAUCUCUGCAUCGCUUUUUUAGUGAAAGAAGGUCAGAGCUCAUGUAUUGUUAGCAAGAUAAAAAAAUCCAGACAAAAUAAUCUUGGAUUUUGUAAAUGUCAGUGUGAUAAUAGCAUUGUAGUGGUAAAAUAGUCUUAAAGAUGUGAAUUCUGAAUCAUUAUCUGGGACAUAUGCGGCUUGGUAAUUUCCAUUUUAUAGCAAUCAAAUAUCGCUUUUGAUGUUACCAUAAUUUUGAAAGUGAAAAUUUGACUUAGUGUCAAAUGCUAAAACCUGUAAAUGGCUAAAAUCAUGUCCAUCAAGUAGACAGUUCAGAGAGAUGUAGUUUUCUCACCAGAGACUGGAGUGUGGAGAAUUGAAUAUAUGUAGAUAUGAUUAAGUGCUAGAGCCUACAGAGAAUCUGAAAUUUAAUUAUGUUUGCUAAUACAUAAACAAGUUUUCUGCUUGUAGUUAAGCUUUAUUUUUAUAUGUUGAAAAGUGCAAUUAAAAUUAUAUUGAAAACUAAAA